AUGCACCGCUGUCAGUUCAAACUUCGUUUUUUUUCCUGCAAAUCCACGUGGCUCAUUAACCAGUACUUCUCAUUUACUUCUUUUUAUUGUUUUUGUCUUAUUCAUUUAUUCUUGGUCUUACAAUUCAACUUUUCUGGAUUCUUUUUCUUCUUCGUUUUCAACGCUUACUGGCAGAUUAUCGUCCAAUUACAAUUGUUCCUUCCUUUCCUUCUAGAUCUCUCCAUGUCUUGUUCACUUGAACAACUCUUUCGUUCCUCUACAAGCCUCAUUCACAGUGUUUCAUGUCUUCCUUUCUUUCUUUCUUUUUUCUUUCUUUCUUUGAAACAGUGUCUUUCUUUCUUUCAUUCAGUCUCGUUCUUUCUUGCUUUCUUUGAACCAGUGUCUUUCUUUCUUUCUUUCUUUCAAUCAUUGUCUUUCUUUCUUUCUUUCUUUCUUUCUUUCUUUCUUUCUUUCUUUCUAUCAAUGUCUUUCUUUCUUUCUUUCUUUCUUUCUUUCAUUCAAUCAAUGUCUUUCUUUUUUGCUUUCUUUCAAUCAAUGUCUUUUUUCUUUCUCUCUUUCUUUCUUUCUUUCUUUCUUUCUUUCUUUCUUUCUUUCAAUCAAUGUCUUUCUUUCUUUCUUUCUUUCAAUCAAUGUCUUUCUUUCUUGCUUUCUUUCAAUCAGUGUCUUUCUUUCUCGAAAGCGAUUAUAGUUUUUGCGAAUACUUUACUUUCUUUCUUUCUUUCUUUCUUUCUUUCUUCCUUUCUUUAUUUUUUCUUUCUUCUUUUCAAAUUCUUCCUUUUUUCUUUCUUUAAAGCAGUGAUGGUUGUUUGCGAAUACUGUCUUUCUUUCUUUCUUUCUUUCUUUCUUUCUUUCUUUCUUUCUUUUCUUUCUUUCUUUCUUUGGAGUAUCCAUUUUCACUUUUCAUUGUCUCUUUUGUCAAGUCAUGUUAUUUUGCGUUCAUAUUUCUUUCGUAUUUUCUCGCUUUCCACUUUAUCAUUUCCUCUGGUCAUAUCUAUCUAUCUAUCUAAUUCAUUUUAUGUCUUCUAUCUAUCUAUCUAUCUAUCUAUCUAUCUAAUUCAUUUUAUGUCUUCUAUCUAUCCAUCUAUCUAUCUAUCUAUUUCGGUCUGCUCAUAUCUAUCUAUCUAUCUAUCUAUCUAUCUAUCUAUCUACCUAUCUAUCUAUCUAUCUAUCUAUCUCAUUCAUUUUAUGUCUUAUGUCUAUCUUUCUAUCUAUGUAUCUAUCUAUAUUGUUCUAAUCUAUAAAUCUAUCUCUGCAUUUUACUAUCUAUCUAUCUAUCUAUCCAUCCAUCUAUCUAUCUAUCCAUCCAUCUAUCUCCCUAUCUGUUCAUCUAUCUCAUCUGUUCAUCUAUCUAUCUAUCCAUCUAUCCAUCCAUCCAUCCCCAGUCUGUUCACUAUCCAUCUAUCCAUCCAUCCAUCCAUCUAUCCCAGUCUGUUCACAUCCAUCUAUCCAUCUAUCCAUCCAUCCAUCCAUCUAUCCAUCUAUCUAUCCCAGUCUGUUCACUAUCUCUAUCCAUCUAUCCAUCUAUCUAUCUAUCCAUCUAUCUCAGUCUGUUCACCAUCCAUCUAUCUAUCUAUCUAUCCAUCCAUCCAUCUAUCUAUCUAUCUAUCUCAGUCUGUUCACAUCAUCUAUCUAUUUCUAUCUAUCUAUCUCAGUCUGUUCACCAUCUAUCCUAUCUAUCUAUCUAUCUAUCUAUCCAUCUAUCCAUCUAUCUCAGUCUGUUCACCAUCUAUCUAUCUCUAUCUAUCUAUCUAUCUAUCUAUCUAUCUAUCUAUCUAUCUAUCUCAGUCUGUUCACUAUCUAUCUAUUUAUCUAUCUAUCUAUCUAUUCUAUCUUCAUCUAUCUAUCUAUUCACUAUCUAUCUAUCUAUCUAUCUAUCUAUCUAUCUAUCUAUCUAUCUAUCUAUCUCAGUCUGUUCAUCUAUCUAUCUAUCUAUCUAUCUAUCUAUCUAUCUAUCUAUCUAUCUCAGUCUGGUAA